AUGAGCCGAUGGAAUGGAUUGCAGAGGCAGCUCGCCAGAAGCCGUAGCCUGGAGGAGUUGGCGACCCUCUUUCGCGAGUACGAACCUUUGAGCAGGUGGCCGGCUGUGUCCCAUGCCACAGCCUGGCAUCGCUUGGGCCGCUUCGCGAAGCCCCCAGGGACCCCGGUAGCCCAGUCCCUGGCGCGGCGCCUUGGGGAGGCUCUUGAUGGCGUCGGGAUCGCGAGCUUCGAUGCGCGUGGAUGUGCCAACGUUAUGCAUGCCUGGGCCAUGCUUCAGCUCCGAGAGAGGCAGCUGCCAGAGCUUUGUUCUCGCGCUGAUCUGCUCAUCGCGGAUUGCAAUGAGCAAGAGUUGGCAAACAUCAUCUAUUCCCUCGGGAGGCUCCGUGUGAAGGCGCCACUGCUGCCACGAGCGUGCGCCGAGGCAUUCGGAAGGUAG